AUGAUGCUGAGAGGAAGCAACAACUUGAUCUGUCUACUAAACUUCUUUAUCUUGGUGUUGUCAGUUCCAAUCCUGGGAGGUGGGAUAUGGCUGAGCACCAGAUCCAACGGCACAGAAUGUCUCAAGUUCCUUCAGUUGCCAUUGAUCAUCGUAGCAGUCAGCAUCAUGGUGACUUCCUUAGCGGGUUUAACCGGUGCUUGUUACCGCAACAACUUACUCAUGACCCUCUACCUCGUUGCCCUGAUCUUCAUAAUGAUGGUGUUCCUCGGAUUCAUCAUCUUUGCCUAUGCUGUCACGAGUAAGGGUUCAGGAAAGGUGACACAGAACCGCGCUUACUUGGAGUAUUACCUGCAGGAUUACCAGGGUUGGUUGAAGGAACGCGUGGCAAGUGAUAAAUACUGGACAAAACUUAGCUCUUGCGUUAGAGACUCUAAAGUUUGUGAGAAACUUGGGAGAAACAUUAAUGGGGUGCCAGAAACUGCAGACAUAUUCUACUUCAGAAACCUCUCCCCUAUUCAGUCUGGAUGCUGCAAGCCCCCGACAGAGUGUGGCUACAGUUACGAGAACGAGACGAUGUGGAGCCCUGGAAGCGCGGUUGUGGGAAGCAACCAAGACUGCGGAAGGUGGAGCAAUGACCAAACCUUGCUUUGCUAUGAAUGUGACUCUUGCAAGGCUGCUUUGCUUGCUACAUUCAAGAUACGUUGGAGAAAGGUUUCUCUGAUCAAUAUCGCUCUGUUCAUUCUCCUUCUCGUUCUUUACAUUGUUGCUUAUGCAGCGUAUAGGAACAAUCGCAGGAUAAAUAACUGCGAACCCUGCGGUCAAACAAAGAUCACGAAGGCACGACCUACCUAG